CUGCUACCAACAUGCAACUAUCCAAUUGGGCGUGACAAACAAAAUGGUGGAUUUGUAGUAAACUAUUUUGAUAUUGUCGAGCUUUUUAUACUCGUGUACAGAAAUACACGAAAAGGAAAUAAGUGUUCCAACGACGCUGCACAAUGUCGACCAACGGAAAGCAUGAUUAUCCCAAGGCAACUAAUGCCUUGGUGUUUGGAGGAAUGCUCACAUACAUUUCUGGUUUAAUGCUGAUGAUGUCAUUUGCAAGUCCUUAUUGGAUUCAGUCCUAUCAGGAAACUUUCAGUGACUUCAAACACAUGGGAUUGUGGGAAUACUGUUUCGAUCAGUUCCGAUACCCAUAUUAUCAGUUUGAUAAGCUGUUUGAUGGCUGUCAUUACAUUUUUAGCCAAGAAUAUUACGUCAUUCGAGAAUGGCUUUUACCAGGUUGGCUGAUGGUGGUGCAAGCUUUUGUGACAUUAGCCCUUAUGCUAUCAUUUUCGUCACAGAUCAUAAUUGCUUUGGAAUUGAUGCGCUGGCCUCUCGAAUUUGUCCUUCUGUAUGAGUGGAUUCUUUCUGGCAUUGCUUUCGUGUACAAUGCUCUUGCAGCGGUUUUACUCUUCCUGGCAGUAUCCAUCUUUGGUGGCGAAUGCUGGCGCCGUGAUUGGUUGAUGUAUCCAAAUUUCAACUACUUGUCUUGGUCUUAUGGAUUAGCAGUCAUUUCCAUGUUCUUCCAUGGAUUUGCAGCUUUCUUUAUUUAUUUGGACACUCGCAAGAAGUGGGAGAUGAGAAAGGAAAGUAAAAAUCUAGUGAUGCAGAUGCAUCCAAAUCCAGGGCGUAAUGGUUUUGUCUGAGACUACAGUGCAAAAGGAAUGUAUCAGAAGAAUGUUCUGUAAAGUGGAACUAUUUUUACUUCAUAAUUUUAUCUCUACGUAGUAGAAUGAAGAACAGAAAGUUAUUUUGGUAUAGUCUAUUCAUUGACACUGCAGUAAAUGAAAUGUGUAGUCUGCUGUACAUUCUGUGUAUUAUAGGCCAUACAAAGAAACUGGUCUAUCUUGUCCUCUGAUUUAGCAUUCCAUAAUUAUGUACUUUAUUUUAUACUUGGCAGUUUUAAACCCAUAAAAUAUUAUUUACUUUUUCUGAAGUAGAACGUGUGAAGUGUAAAAUCUGAAAAUAUUAUUGAAACCAGUAUUUCUUUUCUUGCAUUACUAUCUUGUCACAUUUUUUUAGAGUGUACUGUUUGUACCAGAUUGUACAUUUAUUAUCUAGACAUUGUUAGGUGACGAUAUUUAACAUUUUAUGAAACUGUUAAUGUUGAAAACAAAGAUACUCGACUGUCAGGAACUUGAUGGUCCUGUAACUGGUGUAGAAAGUUGUGAAAUUUGCUUCCUUAAAGUAGCAAUGAAAAAUUGUCUUUUAUAUGAAAUACUUUAAAAUUGUUCCCAGGAGAUGUUGAAACUUAUAUCAUAUCAGCUUCAUUCAAAUUCAAUAAUUCACAUAGUACAAUAUUUUUAUGCUCAAUAUUAGAAAUAACCACAAUAUGUUGCCUUAAUAAUACAGAAUUGAAGCAGUUUCUAACAUAAAUAACUAAAAGAGACUAACAUUAUCUAAUGCUGUAAAUGCAUUCAAGUUACUUACACACACAAAUCACGAAAUGUAAUGUAACAUUAUUUAGGUGUGCUAUACAUUUCAAAAUAAAAAGAUCUGAUACGAAAGUGACUAUAAAAUGUCGACAUGAAAUUAAAACUACUCUGCUAACAUUUCAGUUAUUUUAUUAAGUGAGAGAUUCAAUUAUUAUUAAUAACAGGUGUAUUUUUCUAUCAUAUUAGACAAUCAAGUAAUAGGUUGUUCCCAUAUUCAUAGGUGAAAAUAUGUCAAUACUGAAUGUACACUUUCAACCAAUUUCCUUAUGAAGUGGCUGAUAAUUUAUUAUAAUAAAUUGCUGCUAUUAUUAUAA